CGAAAGUCCAGUUAUUUCGAAAAUUUUUACACGCGGCGUCCUAUUACAAAUAACGCGAAAACACAGUUAAAACACCUUCAAAAGUAAAUGGAACAUAAACAAUGGUGGCACUUAAAACUUAAUGCUGCGCGGUGGUUUUUGUCUGCACUUCAUUCGGCUCCCACACUUCUGCAAACGAGGAGGCAAUAAUACUAAUUUUCUUAUACAUACAUAUGUAAUUAUUGUGCUGUGCUGACUUUCAUUCAAUAUGGAUAAAACUGGACAACUAGACGUCGUAAAGAAGAUGCUGCACUCUGUUAUGGUGUCGUCGCCUGAGUUAAUGACGCUCCAGAAACUGAGUCGCGACUACAAGGAGAUGGUGGGGGCAGAAGUGCCGUACCGCCAGCUCGGCUUCGGGGACUUGGAAAAUUUUCUUCGCUGCAUUCCGGACAUUGUAAAGGUGACCGGAUCUGGGCCUAUGGCGUUUGUGCAGCCAUUAUCAACUGCACAGUCGGCACACAUCCAGAAAUUCGUCAAGGGCCAGAAAAAGACAUCAAAACAUUCCAAAAUUGCCAGUGGACGCAAGCCAAAGUUUUUGUAUAACCCGACGCCGUCGGAUUUGGUCUUUAUCAACGAGUCUGUAAGGAAGGCCCCGUCUGGAAAGAUGUACAAUCCGGUCAAUCCGUUUAGGCCGCAAAUGUAUCCAAUAGUAAUGCUCCCUAACUAUCAGUAUCUUAAUCAGCACAUCCAGCAGCCUCCUGCCUACGUUCAGAUGAACAACUUCCAGUCCAGUCGUCCAAUCAUUCCGUUCAAUCGCCCUCAGAUGAAAGUCAAUCCGACCGUCUAUCCAAACGUACAUCCGCAGGGAAUGUAUAGCAUUCAUAAAUAUACGCAACCGAUCCGCACUUCGACUCCAAUAGCAAAUAAACCGCCGCCAGUGCGCACUUCGACUCCAAUAGCAAAUAAACCGCCGCCAGUGCGCACUUCGACUCCAAUGGAAAAUAAACCGCCGCCAGUGCGCACUUCGACUCCAAUGGAAAAUAAACCGCCGCCAGAGCGAAAGCCAACGGAGCGAGUGCGCACUCCGUCUCCGGAUUUAGAUGCCAUGGUGAAGGCAGUCAAAGAUCUAUCACUAGCUAAAGGUGGUGAUGCUCCAACUGGCGAGACGAAGGCACAGAAGAUAAAUGUGUUGGAUGCGAAGCAAGUGGCCAUCGAACUUUAUAGCUCCGACGAUGAAAAAGUCGUCGUAGAACAGGCGGAAGCUAAAAGUGCUGUGCUUGAACUCGACAAGCCACGAAAGGAAAAGUCCUACGAUUCCUCCAGCGAUGAUUGCAUCGAAAGUGAGGCCUUUCCAGCAUAUGCUGUGGACCAACGUGUUCUUGGUGUUGACUAUCCGCACGACGCCGUUCGCUCCGAUUACAAGAUGCCGCGUCGCGAUUUGGAAAAAGCUCUCAAAGUGGACGAGCGCUACUUCCUGCAGCUGGUGGAGGUGACCAAUCCGCAUAGCUUCUACUUCUGGAUAUACGACGACUACGAUGUAUAUCAAACCUUUUCACAUAAUAUGCAGCAAGUCUACAAAAAUUUGGAUUCAGGGACGUUCACGAUGCCCCAGUGCCUGAUGACGCCCGGCCACCUGUGCGUCGUCUGCCCCAGCAAUUCAUCGGAGUGGGAGCGCGCCAAGAUCGUCAGCCAACGGACUGACAAUUUGCGAAAGACCAUCGAGGUGGAGCUCAUUGAUACGGGCGUAAUCGAUACUGUUUACACAAAGGAUGUGAAGUUUCUAAUGGAUCAAUUCGCCAGCAUGCCGCCGCAAGGAAUACCGGGCCGCCUGGCUUAUGUGUCGCCGGUCAAGAGUCCGCGCUGGUCAUCGCAAGCUGUGGCCGCAUUCAAACAACAAGUGAGCUACCGCAGACUCUUUGGAAAAGUGGAGGCCAUCAAGAACAACAUCGCGCAUGUGGUGCUCGUCGAUGAGGAUAGUGUUAAUUUGAACCUUACGCUGAUAAACUGUGGCUUGGUGCGACGCUGCCUGCAGACCUAGCAGACCAUUAUUUUGACCAUUCCUAUUAUUCAUUCAUUUAAUCUCAAUCACCUAAUCACAUUUUUUGUUUGUUUUCUGCGUUAUAUUUUUGUCGACAUGGAAUGUCCAAGUUGUUUUCUUUAUUAAUUUUUGGUAGUAGUAAAACGAACCGUUUAUUUUAUUUUAAGGCAAACGCUGUCCUGCUUUUCUUUUUAUUAUUUACGUGUAAUAAAAUACUAAGUUACAUAAAUCCCCCGAC